GGAGAGGCCCGACCUAACGUUUCGGACUCGAUGUCUGGGGAGCUUCGAAAUCUAUCGUCCUUUCCCGAAAAUGGCGGCCGGAGCGGGGAAACACAAGUUGAUGAACGCUGGGCCCACGGAACCGUGGUCUAUUCGAGAGAAGCUGUGCUUGGCUUCUUCUGUCAUGCGAAGUGGGGACCAGAACUGGGUAUCUGUCAGCAGAGCUAUUAAACCCUUUGCAGAACCAGGCCGUCCACCAGAUUGGUUUUCUCAGAAGCACUGUGCAUCACAAUAUUCUGAGCUCCUGGAGACAACAGAGACUCCAAAAAGAAAGCGUGGUGAGAAAGGAGAAGUUGUAGAAACUGUAGAAGAUGUUAUUGUGAGAAAACUGACAGCAGAACGAGUGGAGGAGCUUAAGAAGUUUAUUAAGGAGACACAGGAAAAGUACAGGCAGCUGAAGAGAGAUGCAGAACUGAUCCAGGCAGGACAUAUGGAUCACAGGCUGGAGGAAAUUUACAAUGACAUUGUGAUGAAAAAAAGAAUAGAAGAAGAGGAGGCUGAAGUGAAGAGAAAAGCUACUGAUGCUGCUUAUCAAGCUCGUCAAGCAAUUAAAAAUCCAUCGCGAAGGAUGCCAGGAAUAAUGGUCCGUUCUCCAGCAGGGUCAACAUCACCAGGAGCAGAGUAUGCUCUGGGAGACUUGUCUCAACCCAGUGUGGAAGAGACAAGUCCAGGGGUAACUCCAGGGACAUUGCCCAGCACCCCAGUUGCCUCCUUCAUUGGGAUCCCUGACACCCCUAUGGGCUCCACCUCCCUGGAUGCCCCCUUGACCCCAGUCACAGAUGAUUCAACCCAGAAAAAGAUGCUAGGACAGAAAGCGACUCCGCCUCCUUCUCCUCUGCUUUCAGAGCUGCUGAAGAAAGGCAGCCUCCUGCCCACAAGCCCCAGGCUGGUGGCAGAGGGUGAGCUUUCUGUUGUUGCUGGUCAUCCAAGCAGCUCUGGUCUCCUCCUGGAAGUGGGAGGAGUUCUUCCAGUAUUACACGGUGGGGAAAUGCAGUCGGCCUCUACCACUAUUCCUGCGACCCCUGCUGCGUCAGUGAAUCAGCCCAACACCUGUGUUUCCAUGGAGGCAGUGCCUGAUCCUCACACUGUGACAGUAUCAAUGGAUAGCAGUGAAAUUUCCAUGAUCAUUGAUUCCAUCAAGAAAGACUGCCUAGGCUCUGGGGCAUCUGGUGGUGUAGGGACUUCCAAAGACCACAUGGAUAGCAAAGAAGACCUGGAUUUGGCUGAGAAGAUGGAUAUUGCCGUUUCCUACACAGGGGAAGAGCCUUCCUACACUGGGGAAGAACUUGAUUUUGAAACUGUUGGGGACAUCAUAGCUAUCAUUGAGGACAAGGUGGAUGAUCAUCCUGAAGUCUUGGAUGUAGCGGCAGUAGAGGCUGCCUUGUCUUUCUGUGAAGAAAUUGAGGAUCCCCAGUCUCUAACCAGUCCUUGGGAGCACCCCCUCCAGCGAGAGCAUCCGAUCCAACAGGAGCACGACAAGCAGAGCCAGAUACCCCAAAUGACAGUAACGAUAAAGCAAGAAAGACCGGACUGUGAGGAAUUGGAAGCCAAGGGGAUCCGAGAUCUGAUGAGCCUUGGGGAUUUGGGAGCCGAUAUUAAAACUGAGCCUGCUGAACAAGGGCAGGUACGUUUGGGCUCUGAAGAAGCUGCUGUACUAGCAGCUAGAACAAGUGAAGCUUCUGAGUUGAGGGGCCAUAGCUCUGAAGAUGAAGAGACCACAGUGGUUGGUUUGACAGGCUCUGAUAUGGAUAUAGAAUCGACCAAAGAUGACAUGGAUCAUGGCACUGUGAAAGCAGAGCUUCCUCCUGAUGAGGAGACUUCCUCUCCACACGCUCCAAGUGCAAGUGAAGAUUCCUCCCAGGCAGAUGUCCACCACAAAUAUGAGCUGUCAGAAUCAAUGAAAGAUGAAGCUCAAGCUCUUUUUGAAAACCAGCUGAAGGGUGAAGAGGAUGAGGAGGAUGGUGCCAGCGAGGCUGCCAGUUUGGAGGAGCCCAAAGAGGAAGAUCAGGGUGAGGGAUAUCUCUCAGAAAUGGACAAUGAGCCCCCUGUGAGUGAGAGUGAUGAUGGCUUCAGUAUCCAUAAUGCACCUUUGCAGUCUCACACGCUGGCUGAUUCCAUUCCCAGCAGCCCUGCCUCCUCACAGUUCUCUGUUUGCAGUGAGGAUCAGGAGGCUAUUCAGGCACAAAAAAUCUGGAAGAAGGCUAUUAUGCUGGUUUGGAGAGCAGCUGCCAAUCACAGGUAUGCCAAUGUCUUCUUACAGCCCGUGACUGACGAUAUUGCUCCAGGUUACCAUAGUAUUGUACAGAGGCCAAUGGAUUUGUCAACAAUUAAGAAAAACAUUGAGAAUGGGUUGAUCAGAACCACAGCAGAGUUCCAACGAGAUAUUAUGCUGAUGUUCCAAAACGCUGUCAUGUACAAUAGUUCUGAUCAUGAUGUUUAUCACAUGGCUGUGGAAAUGCAACGAGAUGUCUUGGAGCAGAUUCAGCAAUUUCUAGCCACGCAAUUGAUCAUGCAGACAAAUGAGUCUGGGAUCAGUGCAAAAAGUCUCCGUGGACGAGAUUCUACUCGGAAACAAGAUGCUUCGGAGAAGGACAGUGGCCCUAUGGGCUCCCCAGCAUUUCUUCUUUCUCUCUUUGAUGGGGGAACUAGAGGACGUCGUUGUGCCAUUGAAGCAGAUAUGAAGAUGAAGAAAUGACGCAAAGGCAGGAGACACCCCAGGCUGUGGCAUCUGAAUGAGAAUUUUCCUGAUUCUGAAUGAGACGCGGCUAUGGAUGGCCAUCUGUGUUAGUGUGUGUUAUCCUGGAAUGUGUAACUGGGGAAAUCCCAGGGCCGGGAGAACGAUCCUUUGCCUGUUCUAAGGCAGUUGUAAUCAGGUCCUUGAGUGUUCUGAUUAGCUAGCAACUGGUGGCUAGUAUGUAUUGUAAUGUGAUGUGUACAGAUUUUUUUUUUAUGUAUUUGUGGAUUGUAAAUGUGUAUAAUAAAUUGUAGUAGAGAAU